AUGAACUCGUCGAAGGUCUCGUUCCAAACACGCGAGGCUUGCUUGACACGCUUCGAGAUGACAGACAGCGGCAAGUGUGCCUUUGUUCUUGGGAUCGAGUUAUUGGACGGUGAAGAUGGCGUGACUAUGUGUCAGCGCCGUUAUGUCGACGAUGUCCUCAAGCGCUUUGGAAUGGAUGAGUGCAAGGCUGUGGCAAGUCCGGUGGACGUCAGCUCUCGACUGGUUCCAAGCAACUCUGCAAGCAAGGUGGAUGUCCCAUUCCGUGAAGCAGUGGGUGCUUUGAUGCAUCUGACGACUGCAACGCGACCGGACAUCGCCUAUGCUGUAAGCUUUGUGUCACGGUUCAUGGAGAAACCCCAAGAAGAACACUGGGUUGCAGUCAAGCGCAUCUUCCGCUACCUACAAGGCACCAAGAUGCAUGGAAUCUGCUACAAGCCAAGUGCGAAGAUCGACUUUCGUGGCUAUUCAGAUGCAGACUGGGCCGGUGACCUUGCUGAUCGCAAAUCGACGUCCGGCUACGUCUUCAUGCUAUUGGGUGCUCCGGUGAGUUGGGGCAGCAAGAAACAGCCAAGUGUGUCACUGUCUACAAGCGAAGCGGAGUACAUCGCGCUCAGCCUGGCGAUCCAAGAAGGCAAGUGGAUCAAUCGCUUGCUGUGCGAGAUCAUGGCGGCUGCAAACGAAGAAGGACCCGAGCUCGUCAUCCGUGAAGACAACCAGUCGUGCAUCAAGAUGACGAAGAAUCCGGUCAACCACGGCCGCGCUAAACACAUCGACAUCAAGUACCAUCACAUCCGUGAUGAAGUCAAGCGCGGCGAAGUGAAGCUUGAAUACUGCGAGACAACGUUGAUGUUGGCGGACAUCAUGACGAAGGGACUUCACGGACCGCGUCACAAGGACUUGACGGCGGCGCUUGGCAUCCGUGCGUGUUCGGAUUGA